AGGAGAAAGAGGAAAAGGGAAGGUAGGAGGGGUGAAUAGCCAGCAGGCAGCGUGUAGAGGAAAGACAGGAGGAAAGAAGGAGAACACCGCAAUCUCCAGACAAGUCCAGCCGAGUGGAAGGAAGCCUUGAAGACGGCGCCGAGAUCCAGAAGGAUCAGAAGAGCCGAGGAAUCACCUUCAAUGCAGGCAAUUGCUAUCUGCAGGAGAGCCGAGGAGCCAGUGCCCACAGUAAGGGGGGCUGCCUUAGAAUAAUAAUCAGGCAUCAGCAAUCUCCCCCUGACAGUACAGAAAGGGCUGCGAACAGGUGCUGGAGAAAUGUUCUAGCUUUUUAUACCACCAUAGCUUCCUAAAUGCAAAAACAAUGAGUGUAUGCCAUAGAUCUCCCUGGCAGCACUGCUCGGUGUUCCAUUUAGAUGCCAUGCUGAUUUUUAUAUAAGGAAAAACAAGAAUCCCCCACAUACAGUAUCAUCAGGGAGAAAUGAAGGACUGCUGUGGUGGAUCUGCCCCUGCUUCUUAUUGAUGGAAGGACUAUGACAGCUGGGUACAAGUGGUUGGGGUAGCCUUGCUCUUGAGGACACCCCUGGUUUUGUGUAAUGAGGUUUUGGAAAAGCCAGGACUGAGACAGUUCUUGUGUCAUAGGACUGCCCUUAUUUUAUGCAGAAGAGGCAGUCAGAGAAGGCCCCAUCAUUUAUUUGACCUGCCCCUUUCCUUUUUGCAAUAUGGCUAGCGCAGGAAUUUGGGGGAUGAGACAUAUGUGGCUUUCAGGGAUUCCUGGGUCCUUCUGUUAGCAAUGGCAAGUGGCAACAAAUCCCAAAGCAACUUCAGUAGCAUUGGCUUAACCAUGAGUGCUAUCAACAACAACAACAACCUGCACCUAGACUCCAUCCAUGCAUCCAGAGGGGACCCUGCCCUCAUUAUUCCAGUCACCGUGGAGGUACCAUGUGACAGUCGGGGACAGCGCAUGUGGUGGGCAUUCCUGGCCUCUUCAAUGGUGACAUUUUUUGGGGGCCUUUUCAUCAUUUUGGUAUGGAGGACCCUUAAAUAUCUUUGGACAGUCUGCUGCCACUGUGGGGGCAAGAAUAAGGAGGUACAAAAAGUUGCAAAUACAGUCAGUACCCAAGGAAAUGAUGGGGACUGCAAACCAACUGAUGAGAAAGAAGAAGCUGUUGCUAUUGCAGAGGUGGGCUGGAUGACAUCUGUAAAAGACUGGGCUGGGGUGAUGAUUUCAGCUCAGACACUAACAGGUCGUGUGCUGGUAGUGACUGUCUUUGCUCUAAGCAUUGGGGCCCUUGUGAUAUAUUUCAUCGACUCAUCCAACCCUAUUGAAACCUGCCAAAACUUCUACAAGGACUUCACUCUGCAGAUAGAUAUGGCCUUCAACAUCUUCUUCCUUCUAUAUUUUGGCCUGAGGUUUAUCGCUGCCAAUGACAAGCUGUGGUUUUGGCUGGAAGUGAACUCUGUAGUGGAUUUUUUUACAGUGCCUCCUGUGUUUGUGUCUGUUUAUUUAAACAGGAGCUGGCUGGGCUUGAGGUUCCUACGUGCUCUGAGGCUCAUCCAGUUUUCUGAAAUCUUGCAAUUUUUAAACAUUUUAAAAACAAGUAAUUCCAUUAAGCUGGUGAACCUUUGCUCCAUUUUUAUCAGUACAUGGUUGACAGCUGCCGGCUUCAUUCAUUUAGUGGAGAACUCUGGAGACCCAUGGGAUGAUUUUCGGAAUUCACAGAGCAUCUCAUAUUGGGAAUGUGUUUACCUGCUAAUGGUGACCAUGUCUACUGUGGGAUAUGGAGAUGUUUAUGCAAAAACCACCCUUGGCCGACUCUUCAUGGUCUUCUUCAUUCUCGGUGGUUUGGCCAUGUUUGCCAGCUACGUCCCCGAAAUCAUAGAGUUAAUAGGAAACCGAAAGAAAUAUGGUGGUUCUUAUAGUGCAGUUAGUGGACGGAAGCAUAUUGUGGUCUGUGGUCACAUCACUUUAGAAAGUGUUUCCAACUUCUUAAAGGACUUCCUCCACAAAGAUCGAGAUGAUGUAAACGUGGAGAUCGUAUUUCUGCACAACAUAUCCCCCAACUUGGAGCUAGAAGCUCUCUUUAAAAGGCACUUUACUCAGGUAGAAUUUUACCAGGGAUCCGUCCUGAACCCCCAUGAUCUUGCUAGAGUAAAGAUUGAGUCUGCAGAUGCCUGCUUAAUCCUUGCAAACAAGUACUGUGCUGAUCCUGAUGCAGAGGAUGCAUCAAACAUAAUGAGAGUUAUCUCAAUAAAAAACUAUCAUCCAAAGAUACGGAUUAUCACUCAGAUGCUGCAAUAUCAUAACAAGGCACACCUGUUGAAUAUCCCUAGCUGGAAUUGGAAAGAAGGAGAUGAUGCCAUAUGUCUGGCUGAGCUGAAGCUGGGUUUCAUAGCUCAGAGUUGCCUAGCACAGGGUCUGUCCACCAUGCUUGCAAACCUGUUCUCUAUGCGUUCUUUUAUAAAGAUUGAAGAGGACACAUGGCAAAAGUACUACCUUGAAGGAGUGUCAAAUGAGAUGUACACAGAAUACCUAUCCACCGCCUUUGUUGGGCUUUCCUUCCCCGCGGUUUGUGAGUUAUGCUUUGUGAAAUUGAAGUUGCUGAUGAUAGCCAUCGAAUACAAAUCGGAAAAAGGGGAGAGCAGGAUUAUCAUCAACCCAGGAAACCACGUGAAGAUUAAAGAAGGCACGCUUGGAUUCUUCAUAGCAAGUGAUGCCAAGGAAGUUAAACGUGCAUUUUUCUAUUGCAAGGCUUGUCAUGAUGACAUCACAGACCCCAAGAGGAUAAAGAAAUGUGCAUGCAAGCGACCCAAGAUGUCCAUCCGCAAGAGGCUGAUGCAGGCAUGUUGUUUGGGGUGCACUGAGAUAGACUGCUCUUGCAUGUCAGGCACUAUACGUAGUAACACGGGAACCCUUGAACGAGCCUUCCCACUCUCUCCUGUCUCUGUUAAUGAUUUCUCCACCAAUUUUCGUGGCUUCCUCCUCACUCUCCCCUGCCUGACCGCUUUGCCUGUGUUUGCAGUUGAAGAUGAGCAGCCUUCAGCUUUGUCGCCUAAAAAAAAGCAAAGGAAUGGUGGAAUGAGGCACUCCCCUAAUUCUUCUCCCAACAUGAUGACGAGUAGGCACGAUCCCUUACUUAUGGCUGGGAAUGAUCAAAUAGACAACAUGGACUCCAGCAGUGUAAAAAAAUAUGACUCCACUGGCAUGUUCCAUUGGUGCCCAGCUAAGGAAAUGGAGAAAGUUUUAUUGACUCGCAGUGAAGCAGCAAUGACAGUUCUAAGCGGCCAUGUAGUUGUCUGUAUUUUUGGAGAUGUCACAUCUGCACUCAUUGGGCUUCGGAAUUUGGUGAUGCCACUCAGAGCCAGCAACUUCCACUACCAUGAACUUAAGCCGAUAGUAUUUGUGGGCUCCCUGGAAUAUCUAAAGAGGGAGUGGGAAACAUUGCACAACUUUCCAAAGGUUUCCAUUCUGCCUGGUACGCCAUUAAGUCGAGCUGAUCUAAGGGCUGUCAACAUUAACCUGUGUGACAUGUGCGUUAUUCUGUCAGCCAAUCAGAACAAUAUUGAUGAUACUUCACUUCAGGACAAGGAAUGUAUCUUGGCAUCUCUCAACAUCAAAUCCAUGCAGUUUGAUGACAGCAUUGGGGUCUUGCAAGCUAACUCUCAAGGUUUUACACCACCAGGAAUGGAUCGAUCUUCCCCUGACAAUAGUCCAGUGCAUGGCCUAGCAAGACAGCCAUCCAUUACCACAGGGGCAAACAUUCCCAUCAUCACUGAGCUUGCUAAACCUGGCAAACUGCUACCUAUGAUUUCAUUCAGUCAGGAAAAAAACAUUGGAACUCACAUACCAAUAAUAACAGAGUUGGUGAAUGAUUCCAAUGUUCAGUUCCUGGACCAGGAUGAUGAUGAUGACCCAGACACUGAGCUGUACCUCACCCAGCCUUUUGCUUGUGGCACUGCCUUUGCUGUAAGCGUGCUGGAUUCGCUCAUGAGUGCUACAUACUUCAAUGAUAACAUUUUAACUCUGAUCCGAACAUUGGUGACUGGAGGAGCAACACCAGAGCUAGAAUCCCUAAUAGCAGAAGAGAAUGCAUUACGCGGAGGGUAUAGCACCCCACAAACUCUAGCUAACAGGGACCGUUGUCGAGUAGCCCAGUUGGCUCUUUAUGACGGUCCAUUUGCUGACCUUGGGGAUGGUGGAUGUUAUGGAGAUUUGUAUUGCAAAGCAUUAAAAACAUACAACAUGCUUUGCUUUGGCAUCUAUCGGCUACGUGAUGGCCAUCUAAGUACGCCUAGCCAGUGUACCAAAAGGUACGUUAUUACAAAUCCUCCUUAUGAAUUUGAGAUGGUGCCCACAGACCUCAUCUUCUGCCUGAUGCAAUUCGACCACAAUGCCAGCCAGUCUCGUGCCAGCCUCUCACACUCUUCACACUCUUCACACUCCUCUAGCAAAAAGAGCUCAUCUGUUCACUCCAUCCCAGCCUCAGCUAACCGCCAGAACCGUGUCAAGGCUCGUGACGCACGUGACAAACAGAAGUACGUGAUGGAAGACAGACUGUGAACAGGGCUACCAUGUGGGAGGGGGAAGAUGGUAUAAUGAGGACAGAGGGGUAUCAAUAUAGAAACAAGCCAUAUCAUCCCCUCUCAGCAGCAAUAUGUUGCAGUCCUCAAAACCAGAAAAUGGGCUAGUUAAAGCAUUUGCAAAAAAAAUUAUAAUAAUAAUAAGGUUUGGGGAAGUUUGGUUUGGAUAACUUUAUACAGAGUUUCUAUUCAACACCCAGUUUAUUGGAGUUGUUAUAGAUAUUCUAGAUAAAAAGAGCACUGCCAUGGAUAAUGGGUGAAUAGCCAAAGGUAAUAAAGGGUAUGAAAUUCAUUUAACCCACAAAACUGUUUUGUUGUUGACAUGUACACUCAAGGUAAACCCAUAAUGGCAUCCCUGACGUGUAACUAUGUUUCCCAUGUGUGCAUUAAUACCCGCUAUGUCAGAAGUGCCGCUCUCCUCCCCUGCCUUUCAUCUGUUCUGGUCAUGAGUGCAUGGCAGUCUGUGUUUACAUCCCUUCUCAACAGCAGAACCCAACCAUUCCUCAAAUCCAAAAAGCAUUUGCUGUACUUGUUGUACAAGCAGUGUAUUUAGCCAUUGUUAAGGAGUCCAUUGUGAAUAGACCAAACAGAAGAAUAAGUAAAGUAGUACAGAAUCUUGAACUUAUAUUUUGAUACAAUCUAUCAAUAUUCUGAUAUUUAUUUAUUUUUUUCACAUCUGUCAGAUCUGUCAAUGUGUGCCAAGUUAAAAAUGUAUGUUAAAUUGUUAUGCAAGGUGAUCAUAUUUCUCGAUUAGCUGCAGACUUAUGACAUAGAAGGAACUUUUGACCUGGUCUUUUAUAUGUAGUUUUCUGUCAGAGUGGUUACGAAAUGAAUUAUUGGUCGCAGCCAAAUUUGAAAUGUCUUAAGACAAGGCAGCACAUUUACGACUGUUCCUUUUCCAGUGAAAAUAUGGCAAAAUUUCCCACAUUGUGCUUGCAACAUGUUGAUGUACUAGUAGUAGAAGAUAACACUAUAUACAUAAAGCCAAUGUGGCUCUAAAUGGUAUUACAAGAGGAUACAAACAUUAAGAAGUAGAGCGGUCUACAGCUGAUAUCUGAAAUGAGUACAGAAGUUGGUAGCUGGUUUACAGCCAUAGGUUUACUUGGUUACUUUACAUUCUGCUUUUUACAUAGGUGGCAAGAUAUGUCAAGUGAUAUGGAAUGCUUAAUUGUUUUCCAUUUCUACAAUGUGAUUUUUGCAGUAGAACAAAUUCGUUGUCUAAGCCUAUGCAUUUUUUUAAAUUCCAUAAGAGUCUGGAACUCUGCUUUGGCUCCACAGUGCUAUAGAAAGACACUUGUCACUUAUGGUAAUAGUAACUGCAUAGUAUUAUGAAUGGCUGUCUACAGGUAGUGGGUUAGAUUGUGGCAUGUUUUACUGUGUCUUUAAUUAGCUAUUAUGACAACUAAAAUAAUAUUUUGUGGUUGCAGUAGACAUCGGCCCAGCUUGUCUUAGACACCAUUGGUGAUAAACACAAAUAUAUUUCGUGCAGUCAAUAUACUACAGCCUGACUCACCUUACUGUACGUCUGACUUUCCAAAGUAGACUGAGUACCAUAUUUAUGCACAGGCACUGCUAAAUACCAUGAAUUACAGGGAAUCAGGUUUGAUCAAGUGCCUUAUUCAUCAGAGACUAUUCAAUUUCCCAAAUAUAUUUCCAUUUCUCCAUCUGCUGAAGUAUAUGAUACAGAAUAUACAGGACAAGUGACUCAAAAUCUGAAUGAAAUGAAAAAAUUGGCAUUUUAGUCUAUUGUAUUUUUUGUAUAGAGUAGGUAAAUAAAAUACUAUGAUAAGUGCUCCAUUUUAGGAUAUGAGUUAGGAAGCAGAGUUAUAGGUAUAUUUAGUUAAGGACAGUUUCCCAUUCCUGCUCACAUCUGUGCAUGUUCAUGGGCAGAGGUCUCUGACAUAUUACUUUCUAGCUGAGAUCAGAAGUUCAAGUAGGCCAUAAUAGCCAAAGGUUUUUGAGCUUGAGACUCAUUUGUUGGGGAUUAAUGUAUUAGGACAGAUCUUCUAGGAGUUGAGAAAAAAUGGUUGAGAUUGGAGUUGCAUAGUGUACAUUAUAUAUACAAGCUGUGAAGUAUCAACUGAUCAAAAGUAGCAUGAAAGCACUUAUAUCUGAUCGUUCUUCCUCUAGCUGUAUCUGCUGUUUAUGAACCCGAUGAAGCUGAUUCAAGAAAGAGGCUAUCAAAGCAGAUUAUUACAGUAGAUAGAUGUUCCUUAUAGUCUUUAAAGUUUCUUUAGAUGGCUUUAUUAUUUUAUUGACAGACGUACUUUGCUCUGAUAUUUAAUACUGCUGUUGAAUGUGUCAUCCAGUAUUUAACUGUUAGUGAAUUCUAGGUAUUAUCUGGAUAAAGAUGAGGUCUUACUUGAUGCAUCAUAUAAAAAUAAUCUGUUAAGAAUCUUCAGAAUGUAUAUAUUUAGGCUCUCUAACUACAUGUACAAUAGUAGAAAAGGACUAAACUGGCUAGAUAGCAAGCAAUAAGAAAGUACAAAAGAACAACAUCAAGUCAUAAAUAGUUUAUACACUGCCAGGAGGCCCAAACUUGUCCCAAUGCUACAUUGUAAAGCAAUAAAAUGUUAUGUAGAUACUAUAUUCAUUUUUUGCUUGCUGACAGCUGUUAUGCACCUCCAUUGAGGUUGCAUUUGCAUUAUUUUCUGCAGGUUGUAAGAGUAGCAUGAAAGAACCAGUACACAGUAAAGCAUGACAUGUAAUGCAAAAAAAGAGCUUUCCUCCUGGGAUAGAGCAAGUUGACUUGAGCAUAUUGCUUUUCCCUGGGCAGGGCUUGAGCGUACAUAUUAUGAAUACUUAAAUUGUGACCUUGGACAAGAUUUCUUGUCUCUAGUAAACCGACUUUACAUGUAUGCUCCAUCUUCAACAGCUUCAAUGUAAUUCUGUUUUCUGACAAAAAUUCAUAACAUACAGUAUGUAGUAUUUAAGAUAUAUGCCAUAUCUAUGAGUCCGUGAGCCUUUUCUUUAUAUACAUAGCAGCACUUUAGUGGCCUAUAUGUUCCUUAGUCAGCAAAUUAAAAUACAUUGAAAAUGUUGUUUACUCUGUAGACAGCAUGGUGUAGUGUUAUAGCAGGAGGAGCUGAGCAGACUGAUAUACAUAUUUAAAGGAAAAGCUUCCAUUGAACUAGUAAUUUAUUAAUCCAAUUCUUUCCUCAUUCUGGGCUGGAGUCCAGUGGCUGGUCCUACUUAGUGAUUGAUAGAUUUCCUUUUAUGAAUGUGCACACAAACAUAACUGUCACUCACUAAUUUGGACUACCUACUGGAAUCAGAAGCUUAAAAUGGACAGGUAUAGAUUACUAGUUAUUCAAAAUUUCUUUCCACAAAUAUGUACAUCAAUCUGACCAGCUCCUCCUGCUUUAUAACAUGCUGCCUACAGAAUGAACUGCAUUUUUGAUUUGAAAGAUUCCCUUUGAAUAUAGGUAAAAUUAUGCCCACAUUAGAGACCUGACCAAGCUGAAGGUGUUUGUAGUAAUAUUUCUUACAGUAUUGAUAAAUCUGCCCUCUUUAUAAAUCAAGGUUUCCUAACCAGCUGUUGCAAAACUACAACUCCCAGCAUGCACCGAUAGCCAUUGGCUGUGAGUUGUAGUUUUGCACUGCUGUAAAUCCUUUAAUUAUAAAAAAAUAAAAUAAAAUCUUUUAGCUUUUGGUAGUACUGUAGAGAUAGCAGAGAGAUGGCAAUCCUCUUAUAGGGGGACAUUUAUCAUUGUUUGCUUUGGUAAGCAAGUUCUGAAGGCAUUUUUUAUUUUUUGCUUUAGUUUUGCUAAUGUGCUACAUAUUUAUCUUACUAACACAGGGGGUUGAUAAAUUUAGAUACAUUUUUUUUUGCGACAUUUUAAAUUUGCCCACGUACAGGAGUUUUGCACUCCAGGUCAGACCUGGAGCAGACUUGCUACUUUUUUGUAAGGGGUUUACAACUUUCACACAACAUAAAUUCAUGACCACUGCAAAUUUAAUUGCUUAGGUAAGGCUGUUUGUAACUUUUUGCUUACCCACAAAAGUUUUGUUUGCCCGGAGUAAGCACAAAUAAGGCUCUAAAUACCUUGAUAAAUGUCCCCCAUAGAGUGACAGAUUGCAGAGAGUCUCUAACUUACAGAAGUUUGGGCAGUCACCGCAGAGCCAAGAUAUGAUGAAGACCUCUGCAGGAAAAGUGAAUGUUGACCAACUGUUGCCAUUCUUGUAAAUGGUAUAAAACCCAUAAUAGUACACAGCUCUUUAAUAUAUUAUAUUAUUACUAAGGUCACCAGAACCAUUUUCUGACACCAAAAUGCCUGCUAUUUUGAUCACUGAUGUCUAUGCACACCUUUGCAAAGUAGUGGGGACAACACUCACAAACCUAUAUAUCAGUAUAUAUGUAUUAUAUUUUUUCAAAGCAGAUAAAUAUAUUUGUCCUUUAGCUGAUCAUGUAUAAAUACUGUAGGUCAGUGGCCAAAUCCCCUUGUUGAGAAGCCAUUAGAAUGAGCCUUCUCAGUCUAUGUGCAUGUGUAUCAGUGUCUGUGUUAAUGUUUAGAUGGGUGAAUGUAACUAGGAGAGUAGAUAUAAUCUAUGACUAUUGUACAUUCCUAGCACCAUUUCUAUCCCUAUCCUCAUUCUGUCACACAUUUCCACAUUUUUAACAAUUUAUUUUUAUUAUAGAUACACAUGCCUUACUUACAAUAUGUUGAUUGUCUUUAUGAUUGUUGCAGCCUGAUGGUAGAGUUGUAGCCAGACUAUCCUUUACCUUGGAUGAUUAUAAAUGAAUAUUUAGGACAGUUAUUUACCCUUGCAGAGAUAGUAAAGCUUUUGGACACACCCUUGACACCUAAAUCCUGGAGCAUAUACCCUGGUAGUACCCAUCCCAACUUUGCCCUUGCUGACAGUCAUUUCUAUUAAACUGAAUGUAGAUUGGAAACUGCAUAGAUACCGUAUCUACAUAGAAGUGAUCUCCGCUCUGAUUACCACGUGCUCUAUGUUGACUUUCAUGCAGACUGUGAAAUGGGAACUUCAAAGAUUAUUAAUAGGCAAGAAUAUAAUUAGUAAAAAUGAUGCCUCAUGUGGACAAAAUAACACAUUACAGCUUACAUUGAAAUAUUAGUAAUAAUCACACAUCAGCUCUUAUCUAUGUUUGAAAACACCAUAAAGUAUGAAUGAAGCAUUGGCUGUGCAUGCUUGCUGCUGCUCCAUUCAUCAGGGAACAACUUCCCACUGUUCUUGGGAUUCCCACCAAUAAACUACUUAUCCCGUAUCCUGCUGAUAGGGGAUAACCUUUGGUCUUGGAAUAACCACUGUUAUUGAGGUCAAAGCUCACAUUUAGAGGAAAACUUAAACAUUUUAGUAUCAAAACUUAAUACAAAGCAAUCCGUAAUAAUAGAAGACUAUAGUUAGUUAUUUUUAUGCAAAUAGCACAGCUAUAUAGUCUACUACACAAGUAAAAAGAUAAUAAAACCUCCUGCGUCACAGUAAGCCAUUAUGAAUUCCAUGAGCUACAAUCACCGAAGUCCAUAGCUUGUUUUGUGGACAUUUACCAGUUACAAGUUCUUGUUAGAGAUGUAACUUAAAGCUCCUGGCACUUGUGACCUUCCAUAUACUAUUUAUAACACUGGUGUCUUCUUAUGUGGCACUGGGCCUUUUUUUCCCCUCAGACACCAAGGCAUGUGUGCAACUGCUACCUCUACACCCCUAUAGGCAAGUAUUGCUUUACUCUUCCAGUUGGUAGAUAAAGAAAGACGGGUGGAGUGCUGAGCCAGGGAGUGAAGUGCUUCUCUUGGCUAUAUAUCUAGAGAUAAGUGGGAGUCUCAGCACUGGUAUUCCGACUGAUUAUAUCUUUGACAUGCCUGCAUGGCACAUCACAUUUUAAAAAAAAAAGAUUGCUGAAAAGUAAACACUAAAAAAGUAACGCUUUAAAAAAGCACUUCUGAAUUUUUUUUGACAUAUAAUGCUCACUUGCCAGCAAUAUUCUAGCAGUGUCAUAUGUUUCAUCCCAGCUCAGUUGCAUUUAUAUUGCAUUCAGAUACCAGGAAAGCUGUGAUAUAGUACGUUAGUCCAUACAAUGAUAAGCUACAGAGUUAUAAAACUCCCAUGACUCACUGUCCGUCACUUCUAUCUGCUAAAAGUCCAGGGUAUGCUGCUUUACAAUGGCCUCCUCUGCCACCUGCCCAUGAUAAGUUUUUCCAUACCAGAUCUACAGUAAAGAGGUGUGUAGGUGUGUGUGUGUAGGGGUGGGGGAUAAGUUAAGCUGCAGCCCAAAAAUAAACUGAACUCUCAACACACAGCAAUUAGUAGACAGCAGGUAAUAUGAGUUGUAUAAGUAAAUAAGUAAAAUUAAAAAAAGCUCUGUCACUAAGCUCUGCCAUUUGCUGUUCUGAGAUAGUACGUAAGUGCAGUGUUAUGAGAUUCAAAGUAGUAAGAUUGCAGUUGUGCCAUGAUUUCUACUAAAUCUCAGCAGAAUUCUUCUUUUAGUAAAUUUUGUCACAAUUUAGUGGUAACCUUAGCAAAACAAAAAUACAAAUACAACAAAAACAUGAUGGCCCUAAACAUGCUGCAAAAACAUUUUCUUAUAGGUCUUUAUUUAAAAAAAAAAAAAAGAA